AUUUUCUGAAUCUAAUGCAACUAACAAAACCAAUUGUUUAGGUAAAACGUCUUGUGAGACAAACGGUGGCAGGAAAAGCGAAAACGAAACCCAAAAUGGCGGGAAACUUAAAAUUGAAGAGGAUACUGAGAGUUUGGAUAGUAAGAACAGCGAUGACACCAUUGCGCUUGCAGGCCGAAUGGAGCGUUAUUUGGACGAGCAGAACAAAGACAAAGGACAGAGUAAAUCUGGAUAUAAGUCAAAAGAUGAGGAAAAAACAACCACGCUCGAGCAGGUUAGCAAUGAUAACAUCAUAGAGACCAUUGCAGCAGAGAAUAAUGUAGUUUUGAAUACUGAGUUCGGCGAAGAGAAUCCGUAUGAAGUAGAUACUAUAGCUUACUACAUUUCUAAAGCAGAUUGGCAAGCAGAGAACGAAGAAGUUAUCAAGCUAAAAAAUGGUGAGGUCAGUGAAAACAAUGGUGCUACUAAGGACAUUCCUGAACCAAAUAGAGAUGCAAGUGCUGAUGUUGAUCCUAACAGUAGUAAAGCUGAUGCAAAUGACAUUACUUUAGACGAUACAAAUACCACAGAGACUGCUAAAGAGGACCACAUUGAUCAAGAUCCGUUUGAAAAAUACAGAAAAAUCUAUGGCACUAAACGCCAAAGCCUUAGAAAGCCAAGCCUUGCCAAUAAGCAAGCUUUGGUCUUGGUUAAGGUCGGUCUCCAGUAUAAAUAUGUAGCCGUACCUGCUUAUCUGCCCGGACAAAAACUGUACAGCACGAACGCCUUUGCAAAGGGCUAUGUAGAAAGGGCAGCAAGCUUAUUCAAAGUGAAGCGACCAAAAGGGGUAGAUGCAGACAAUCCCUCUGAGAUCAACGACGACACAAGCGGGGCUGAUUCGGGAAAACGGGGUCGAGCACGGAAAUCUCCCGGGACAACAAAACCCACAAAACUGCCAUCCUGUAGUUUGCCAACAAAUAUGACGCCUACGUUCUUUAUAGGAGGUGGCAAUGGAGUCUCACUAGUGGAGGCCCCAUUGGUAAAUAUCGGCUGGAAACGAACCACGGAUAAGUAUGACGAGCGAUUCCGGCUGAAGUGGGUGGAAUGCAAGAGUAAAAUCAACUAUGGUGGUUUCAAAGAAGGUGAACAGAUAGUAAACCACUUACCUAAUUCUCACCUUCUAACCAACAAACUCGGCCUAUUGAACAGUCUUAAGGAAUACGAGCGAGUGACAUUAAGUACAAAAGGGCGACUACCCAGAUUACGCAUGUCCGAUUUUCACCCAGAGUCGUAUAAACUGGACGAGAAGUCAGAUCGUGAAUUGUUUCUUGAGGUUUAUAAAGACAAUGAGAUCUGGAUCUGUAAGCCCGUAGGUAUGAACCAAGGGAAGGGGAUUUUCCUCAUAAGGUCCCGAGAAGCCAUCACGCAAUUGUUAGAAGAAAGGGACCAGAAAAAACAGCAACCCCAGAAGCCUGGCAGGCCACUUAUGAACCGGAUUGUGCAAAGGUACAUAUUAAACCCCCUUCUACUAGAUGGCAGGAAAUUUGACGUGAGAGCGUAUAUGUUGGUCGCGUCAACCACUCCGUUCCUAAUUCUCUACCACAAAGGCUAUGUACGGCUUUCAUGUGCCAAGUACGACCAGGAUGAUAUGAACCUUGGAACUCACCUUACCAACCAGUUUGUUCAGAAGAAGGAUCCAAAUUAUAAGCAGCUGAAGGAGGACACUGCAUGGACGAUGGACAAGUUCAAUGACUAUGUGAACUCUGAUAUACGCCCAGACUGCCCCGUAGAGAUCGAAGAAAACUGGGUUUACAAUACAUUCACGAAACAAAUGCAGAAGAUAAUGAUUCACUGUUUCAACAGUGUUAAACACAAGCUGCAAUCGAGGGUCGGAUUCUUCGACCUGUUUGGUCUUGAUUUUAUGAUCGACACAGAUAUGAGGGUGCAUUUAAUCGAGGUUAACACGAAUCCUGCUCUUCAUUGUAACUGCGAAGCGUUAAAGGACGUUAUUCCUGGCGUCGUCGAAGAAACGCUCUAUGUUUCAAUCGAGUGCUUUGAGAAGAGUCGGAAGAACCAGACGCUGAUGCCGCUGCAGAGCCUGAAAAACUUCACAAUCCUUUACUGCGGGACACGCCCGAACACCAUCGUACCACGACAGAGUAGGAGUGUCUCACCUGUGAAAGACAUUAAUCCAAACACGGCCGAGAAACCCAGGCUCUCAAUGGCUGGGUCUAGGUCAAUUCCGCGAGCUUCAACACAAAGCACACCUUUGUCGAACCAAAGACGAAGCUCAGACCGCACUGACGCGAAUCAGUCAUCAUCAAUAUCGGCAAAGAGUGGGACUAAUUCAGCUAGUGUCAAAACUGGAGCGGUAAGCAAAACGAGACAGAAAAGCAUUGUUGACGCUGAUAGUAUAAAGUCAAAAGAAGCGGAUAAUAAAGCUUCGGGAAACAAGUCAGAUGUUGGUGAAAAAGAUGCUGAUAAAAACCAUCCGGAGAAGGUUGCUAGUGACAAUAAAGAUGAUGACACAAGUUCAGUUAAAUCUUCAACGAAAGUUAGAACUAGCACAGUUGUUAUUGAUACCCUUUCAAAAACGACAGAUUCCUUAAAUCAAGCAACAACUGCAUUAAGUCGGUUAAGUAUGUCGUUAAAUCAAGUUGGUCUAGCAGACUCGCUGUUGGAUGAAGUUAGGUUAAAAAUGACUCAUGCAGAAUCCCAAAGUAGCCCGCCAACGAAACCAAACUCGGCUCGCCCUGAAUCAUCUAGGGAGCGGGAAAAUUUAGAGAGAGGAAACUAAUUUUGUGUUUUUAAUAUUGUUUGUGUGUAGCUGCCAGAAUGACUCACUGAAAUUAAACCUACUCAAUUUAUCUACCGUUGAGUAAACAAAUUAUUGUUUUGCAAUAGUUCUCAUUUUUUUUUAAGCAAAGUCAUCAAUAGGUCAUAAAAAAUAUAUAUAUUGAAUCUACCAACUCUCUUUUAACCCUUUGCAUGCUGGGUAAAUUGUCGUCUGCUCAAAAAUGUCAUCUGGUUUAUUCUAAAUUUCUUUCAAUUUACUUAAAACUUUGGGGAUAUAUUGACUGAGUGGCAAACAGCUUGGAACCUGACCAGACGCCGAGUUACUCGGCGUCUGGUCUGGUUCCAAGCUGUUUGCAAAGCCUUUAAAAUCGCCAUCAGCAGCCUAAGGGUUAAUUAAAAUGACUCUUUAAAGUGUGUUAACUUUUUUGUUCAGGGUUUUAGGCUAGCAAAUUGUAAAGUUCUGUGAUAUUAUCUAUUCUGAAAUUUGCUUAAAAAACAAGACCCAGUCUGUGGCUUGUCAGUUCACAUUCAGGCCAUACUAUUACUGGGCGUAUCAUACUUUUUAUUUUUAGUAAUUUUAAUUCAUGGAUGUUAGGCGAUAUAUUCUAUAAAAAAAAAUCAUAAUUAUUAUUCAACUACAUUUCUUGAUGUUAUGAUGUUCUUUCAUGCGCUCAUUAAUAAGAUGUCCAAAUUGUACACAUUCAUCAGUUCACAUUAAAAAAAUGUUUCAUUCUGUCUCCAAAAGUGUUAACUUGCAUUUUACAACCUAAACCAGUUCUCAAACAAAUUGUUUAACAUUUGUUUCUGCACAAUAUAACUGUGAUUGUAACCGUUCACACAAUUGAGAUACUGUAAAGAAAAUGAUUACAUUUUUAAGUAAUUCUAAAGUAUUAACUGACUACAUUUUAAAAUAAAUGUUAAGUAAUUGAUUACAUUCAAAAGUAUUUCUUAAGUAAUCGAUUACAUUUUAAAGAUAUUGUUAAGUAACUGAUUACAUUUUAAAGUAAUUCUAAAGUAACUGAUUACAUAUAAAAGUAAUUCUAAAGUCACUGAUUAUAUUGUGAACUAUUUCCUAAGUAAAUGAUUACAUUGUUAAGUAAUUGUAAUUUAAUUGAUUAUGUUUUAAAGUAUUGCGUGUCUGCUUUUUUCUUCAUGGCUAUUUUUUUAAUUCUAUGUUGUGAUGCUUCAAUAAUUGAUGUUAACAAUUAAAACAAAAUAGUAUUAUAAUUUGUUUUAAACAAUUCUUAUGGAAGGAUAACUCUAAAAAAAUAAAACAAACAUGCAAUGUUUUGAAAGUUAGUUUUUCAUAAUAAAUGGUUGUUAAAAAAGUUAAAUUUAAAUGAAUUCAUAUAUUUGUAAGUUUUCAUUGAGAAAAUCACCAACGUAAUUCAACAUAUAAUUUGAUAAUAUGUUGAAUACAGAAAAUUGAAAAAAAUACAUUUCUAUGCACUAUCUGUGAUUUUUAAGCCUUAUGUUUUUUCUCAGGUCCAGUUUGUAUAAGGAUUUAUUAUAUUCUUUGUGAUAUUUUAUCUUUUAUUUGUCAAAAAAGGUAUAUUUUUCUAAGGGUCACCUUACCAGUACAUGAUUUAGCCAAUAUGUUUGUGUAUCAAUUAAACAAAAUUGUAAUAAUAACAAUCCUGUUUGAACUUAAGUUUAGUUAACUUACUUUUCAAUUUUUCAUACAUUUUGAAAGCAGUAAAGCAGUGAAUGAAUAUUAAACAAGAAGUUAAACCCUAAUUUACAAGUUGUUAACUCAUAAUUUGUGGGCAAUUAAAAAACUCUUAGUUCACAAGCAGUUUAGAAUUCAUAGAUUAAAAGCAAAAUGAUCAUAGUUUACAAGCAAAAUGAUCAAAAUUUACAAGCAGAAUGAUCAUAGUUUACAAACAAAAUGAUCAUAGUUUACAAGCAGUAAACUCACAAUUUACAAGCAGGUUGUAAGCAGUUAACUUCUAGUUUACAAGUGUACUGCGACCUUAUUUAAAAAAAAAUGAAUGGAACAGCUUUUUAUUAUUCUCAAACGACUUAAUAAGUAGAUAAGCAUAUUGGCUGAAAAGGUGAGUGAUAUUCUUUUAAUGAUAUACCUACUAGUAUUAAUUGUAUGUUAUUUUUGAAUGCAUUGUGCCAGAAAUUGUGAUAUGAAAUUUUGUUAUAUUGUUUCUUUGGUUGAAAAAUAGAUCUUCAUUCUGA